GCAGCGACCAUGGGAAUUUCUCUGCUAAAUACGUUCCUUCUGGUUCUUGCCGGGAUCAUAGUUUCCAGCCGCGCCCAAGACACGUGCCCAGAUGUAAAACUCAUCGGAGUUGGAGAAUCAGAAAGAAUGGCCAUUGUAAGAGGUUGCCCCGGGUCUUCUGGAUCUCCAGGCUCAAAGGGUGAACCAGGAGAACAAGGAAUAAAAGGACACCCCGGGAUUACUGGAAAGAUGGGCCCCCCUGGUGAGAAAGGAGAAGUUGGACCACUGGGGCCUCCAGGAUCAACAGGUAAACAAGGGGAAAAAGGGGACUCUGCACUGGGGCCCUCAGCUGCGAAGAACUGUAUGGAGCUGCUCAAUAAUGGAGCCUCUCUCACCGGCUGGUACACAGUCUAUACGGAUGGUAAUAAGCCUAUAAAUGUUCUCUGUGACAUGGAUACGGAUGGAGGGGGAUGGAUAGUGUUUCAGAGACGAGUGGACGGUUCUGUGGAUUUUUACAGAGACUGGAAAUCCUACAAACAGGGUUUUGGCAGCCAACUGAGCGAGUUCUGGUUGGGAAAUGAGAACAUUCACCUCCUUACGUCCUCAGGGAAUUUCCAACUGCGCUUUGACCUGGAGGAUUUUGACAACAAUCGAACCUACGCCACCUACAGCAAAUUCCGACUGGAGGGAGAGUCUCAGAAAUACACCCUACGUUAUGGAGAAUUCACUGGGGGCCCUGCAGGAGACUCUUUAUCUAUUCACCAGAACAGAGCAUUUUCCACUAAGGAUGCUGAUAAUGACAAAUCCGAUAGCACCAACUGUGCCACAAAGUAUUCAGGAGCCUGGUGGUACCACAGCUGCCUUAACACCAAUCCCAAUGGCCCCUACCUGCGUGGCACAAUCAGUAAAAAGAACAUCGGAAUGACAUGGUACAAAUUCAGAGGGAGCUACUACUCAUUAAAAGUGACAGAAAUCAAAUUUCGCCCUGUGGAGUAAUAGGGAGGAAUUCAAGAUUUAGAUCUUUUGUUCAAAUUAAUAGUGUGAUUAUAACCAAGCACAUUACAGUCGCCAUUACUCACAGUGCAUGUGUAGAUUGAAAAUAAAUAUAUGAAAUCAAA